CGCAGGAAGUUUGGCGGAAAAGCUAGAGAGACGACAGAGUCGCGCGUUUUUACACAUGAUGCGAAGUAAGAUGUCACAAGUUGUAAACCAUGAAAAUUUAUUCGUAGCCGAGAAGACUGAGUGUUGAUUGCUGGAUUCACCGACAUUUAGUGCAUUUUCUUGAGAGUGCUUCUGGGCAUCUUUGUGUGCAUUGCACGUGGACCAAAAGGCUGUCCAUCAUCGGGCGAAAAGGUCCUGCUCGCCAGCGCGCGCCAUCCAAGAAAAGUUGUAUGCAGAUACAGACCAAACAGUGCGGAACGGAUAAAUUCCUGCAGGAGCCGAACACUCCCGUUGCAGUGAUCUCUUAGAUGGUGGCCGAACCCUGGAGCCAGCCACGACAACACGAGACAUCUGCUCUCUGAUCGAUCUACUCGAGCGGUAGUAGAUCGACAGGUGGGGAGGAGGAGGUGAAGAUUGAUUUAAUUGUCGAGGAGCGAAACGCCACCAUCAAUCCGGACCCCAUGACGAUGGCGGAGGGCAGUGACCCCAUGGGGCCCAGUCCGCAUCACCAUCCGCCACCCUAUCAAACGACGACGCAGCAGCAGACGGGCCCGGCCAAGUCGCCGUCGGCGCAGCCCGUGAACAACAACCAUCCGCUGAUCUCCAACCAGAAUGUGCCGUGGAAGCAGAGGAAGAGGAAACGACUGAGCGCGGUGCUGGACAAGCUGCACAACAACAACAUCAUCAGCCUGCACAACAACAACCAGGGUGAGUCCAGCUUCAAGGUGAAGUGCACGGACAACAGUCGCUCGAGCGAGGAGGAUCAGGAGUCCGAUGUCUUCUCCACGGCCGACAGUCCGCGCAUCAGCGUGAGUCCGCUGCGGCUGGCCGAUGUGGAGGCGCUGCGCGUGCAGGUGAAGCAGGAGCCGCUCCCCAGUCCGCACGAUCGCUACUUCCCGAUGCCGUCACCCUUGUUUGGGUACUACUUGCAAGCCAAAUACCUGCCUGAUCUCUUCCGGCGGCGCAGCCACUCCGACUCAGAUCUGCAGACCACGCCGGAGAUGAUGCUGAUGGCGCAGCAGCCGCAGGAGUAUCCGCUGGAUCUGUCCAUGAAGUCGUGCAAGCAGCCGCCGAGUCUCACCGAGUCCAUGUUCAUGACACGCACACUGGGCGCCAUGAGCGCUCUCAGCAGUAUCCUGCCGCCGGGCGCCGUGGGCGUGCCCGUGGUGAAGGGCGACGUGGCGUCGCCCACAACGAAGGAGUCCGUGGCGUCGCGCUACAACCUAGACGUGUCGCCGGUGGUGGAGGAGAUGCCGCCGGGCUCGGAUGUGGCGUACGUGUGCCCCGUGUGCGGACAGAUGUUCUCCCUGCACGAUCGCCUGGCCAAGCACAUGGCCAGCCGCCACAAGAACCGCACUUCCAGCGCCGACAUCACGAAGGCGUACGUGUGCGAAGUGUGUCAUCGCUCGUUCGCGCGCUCGGACAUGCUCACGCGCCACAUGCGUCUGCACACGGGCGUGAAGCCGUACACGUGCAAAGUGUGCGGCCAGGUGUUCUCGCGCUCCGACCACCUCAGCACGCACCAGCGCACGCACACGGGCGAGAAGCCGUACAAGUGCCCGCAGUGCCCUUACGCCGCGUGCCGGCGCGACAUGAUCACGCGCCACAUGCGCACGCACGCGCGCUACGACGCCCAGCGGCCGAGUGCCGCCGUCGCGGCGCCCAUCAAGCUCGACACGCCGCCACUCACGAUGGUGAAGAUGGAGCCGCCGCAGCUGGCGAUCGUGAAGACGGAGAGCGCCUAGGCUGACCCGAAGACUGACUCAAACUCUUCAGCAGAGCCAUCCUUCCCCCCUGCACGCACACCCACUGGAGAGGUAUUGACGCGCAAGUCACAAAACUCUUAACUUAUCCAUUCCCAUUCUUCCUUAGAUCAAGGUUGUGAGCAUUUUUCUAGCGAUUAGUUUAGUUAAUAGGUUGACUCGAUAAUUACAAUAAUUGUAUGGUUUUCUCUUCAAUGAGGCCUCCGCAGUGCAUCUCUCACGGGAAUUCACGCCUUUGUGGAAUUUCUCAACUCGAUUGACAGAGAAAUUCCAGGCAAUUAACAAUGGAAAACUGUCAUUAUAUCCUCACAAAAAAAAAAUAUGCUUCGAAUUUCUUACUAGAAAAUUAGAAUGACGAUGAAUUGCAUCGGAUGUUUGGACAAAAAUAGGCUCAACCACUCUUUUCUGCACUUAAAUCUCACGUGUGACCACGCCUUAACAAUAUACGUAACAUUUAGCGGUAUUUGUGUGACAAAGGCCAUGAGAGGGUGCGAGGAGGCCCAUGAAGAAAUGUAAUGAAGCACUUUUUUCGUGUGUAGCAAAGAUGUGAGAGGGAAUUCUGAGAAAUUAAGUGUCUUUUGCCGGCGACAAUGGGAGGAGAAGAAAAAACUGUGAGAAAAGCACUAAGCUGAAUUAGAUUUUCUUUUUAUUGUAAUAACAUACAGGACGUUUUUUUUUUAACUUUAAGGCCGACACAGAGUUGGAGUUGAAAUUUGUGUGUGUGUUGAUAGUGAUCUACUUCUUUUUCCUGGUGAAUUUUUCAAGCGGAAGUGUUGCGAAGGAGGCACAGUAUCAGAGAGACACAUAAAAGUCUCACAGAGAUUUCCACCAAGUUGUUAAAUAUUAAAGCCAGAGGCAGGAAGAAUCGAGGAUGGGCUGGAGCGAUGGGGGUUGAGCGAGAGUGUGGAGCAUUCUAUAUUUGAUGAUGGGGCGUCUUGGCUCCGCAGAGUGGAGUUAAUCAAUUGAUUUUGUGGGAUCAGGAAGAAGGCAGGGAGAGCUUUUUUCUGGUCUGAGGAAAUAAUUUAUCAGGAUUAGCAACAGAUUAUCCAUUUAGGCAGAGCAACAGUUUGAAAACGGCUUUGAACAGUGUGAAUAAUGCAUGGAAUUUUUCCUUUUUGCGUGAAAGUUCCGCAAAGUCCACCUCUGGGCGACCCUUCGAGGACAGCCCCGAUGUCGUCAGAGCCCAGCCAUAAAUCAUGGGGCAUAAAUUAGCGAUUGGCCGGCCCGGGGGAGGCGGGGAAACGUGAGUGGAGACAGCAAAUUGAACGCCAAAGGUGAUACAUCGAUAACAUGUGACGGGGGAGAGUAUCGCAUUUCACGAUCGCAUCAUAAUCGAAAUGGAGUUCCGCCACCCACCCCCCACCCCCUCCCAAAUUCACUGCACACAGGCGACAGAAUAUGCAGUAGAUGGCAUCGAUAAUUCAUUCUCCCCGGGGGACCAUCCCGGAUUCAAGUCACAUGGAGACUUCUUCAGUGCACCAGAGUCGCAUCCAAUUUAUUAUUCAGACUUUUUCCAGCCCCUCUUCUUCUCAUCUUUUUCGAACGCCCGCUUGACAAUUUUCCCACUUAAAUAUCACCUUCAAUUUACUCCUUAAAGCCACUGGCGUGAUGUUUCUCCAGGGAGGAAUUCCCUGAAAGACUUUUCACCAAGGGCUUUAACGUGGCGAUGUGAAAAAGCGAAAUCCCUCGCAAUAUUGUGCACCCAAAUCUCCACUAUGACACGCUCUCUAUAUUGCGAAAAGGGAGUACUUUAAAGGCAGAUACACUUGUGCUGCCGGGACCCCAUUUCUCCUUAUAGUUCAAUGUGUUAUUCGUGAAAAAUACCAGCUAUGUUCGAGUCAAUCACGACAUGCAUGCAUUCGAUAUACGUUGCAAUUACGGAAAUUUGAAGAUUUUCGCAGAUUUGCUGGCAUUUUUUCAUCCGAGAAAUCGUGAAAUAUUCUGUCCGUCGCUGCGUUUGCACUUAAUUUAGCAACUCCACAAUGCGGCAAAGUCUCUUAACUCUGGCCCAAGGUCUUUUUUCACCCUGUCUCACUUUUGCAUGGUGGCAAACUUGAGCGACACACAGUGUGGGCUGGAGUGGGGCCAUCGUGCGCGGCAGAGAGGAAAUGACUGCGACCAAC